AAGCAAUUACAGUAAUGGAGAAUCAGCAAUGCAUAAUUAGUGUGUGUACUAAAGCUCCUGGACAAUGUAUGAGAAAGGUUACAGACUGGAUCUUGAGAAGUGCUCAAGACAAUCAAACCUUACCAGCAUAUUUGAAAGUCGAUGAUAUAGUUUGUCAAUGGUGUUAUAAUAGAAUCAUUGUUCACCCUUCAGUUGUAAUGAAAGAGCAUACAAAGGUGACUUAUAGUGUUCGAUCUAGUAUAACAGAUGCAACUAUCAAUGCACUGGCGGAACUUGGCAUUACAUCAACAUCUCAAAUAGUUUGGC